AUGAGUAAUACACGAGGAAAAGCCCUCUCGAAAGUUUUGCAACUUUCUCGCGCCUUCUCCUAUCGCCCCCUGUCACCAUCCGCACAUUUACACAAGUCAUCUGAACCAUCAUUAGGUACUAUACGAUUCACAACAUCAACGCCAUUUCUAAUUUAUUAUUAUUUAGUUUCAGCAAUAGAUGAAACAUUUAAUGAAACAAGUACAGUAAAUAAUCCAACUUUUCACUCAAUGCCUUCCUCUAACGACCCCAAUCGUGAAUAUAAACAAGAUCCACUACCUCAAUCUAUUGGUUUAGAUCAACCAGAAUUAUCUCACAUUGAACAUGGAAAUCAAUCAUUUGUUGAUGGAAAUCGUCCAGUUAAUAAAGAUACACUUGCUGAAUCAAUUAGUUUCACUCAUCGAGAAUAUUCUCAUGUUCAACAUACAAAUGAAUUAUUUGUUGGUGAAAAUCGUCCAGUUGAUAAAGUAAUUUAA